UCAUAUACCCUCAGAGCAAGGAAAAUGGCGUCCAGUUCGAUUCGUAAUCCUCCUCCCUUCCCCACAAACGACGAGACAGGAGAUGGAUUGUCUGAUUUGGCAGAUGGAGACAGUGACGAGGGAGAGGAUAUUUUCCUGAGUAAUAGUAAAUUAGUGAAUCGAGGAGUAUCUCAGCCUGACCGAGGAGAGCUCCCCACUGGGGAUGCAAGCAGCUGCACCAGCACCCAGUCCAACGGAGUCAACUCUGAUGAGGACAACGACCUGUUUGCCGAGGCACAGCUAAGCAUAGAUAAAUCAGGCAGCUCUGCCCGGAAAGAGCCCUCCAGCUCCUCUGGCACACAUCCCGCCUCUUCGUUCACUCCUGCGGCAAUGCCAACCACUUCCUUGGAGCAGCUAGAGGAAGAGGAGGACAAGGAUACUUUUGAUGUGGAUAUCGCUAUCACCAAUCCUGAGAAAGUCGGUGAUGGAAUGAAUGCAUAUGUGGCCUACAAAGUAUCCACCAGGACAUCCCUGCCCAUGUUUAGGAAUAAGACAUUCUCUGUGAGGAGGCGCUUCAGUGACUUCCUGGGUCUGUAUGAGAAGCUGUCAGUCAAACAGUCGCUCCAUGGCUGCAUCAUUCCGGUUCCACCAGAGAAAAGUGUUGUAGGAAUGACCAAAGUGAAAGUGGGGAUGGAUGAUCCAUCAUCAGUGGAAUUUGUGGAAAGAAGAAGAGCCGCUCUAGAGAGGUAUCUUCAGAGAGUUGUGUCUCACCCUUUGCUGAUACAAGAUCCUGAUGUGCGAGAAUUCUUAGAAAGAGAAGAUUUACCACGAGCCUCAAACACACAGGCACUGAGUGGAGCUGGCUUUCUUAAAAUGAUCAAUAAGGCAUCAGAUGCUGUCAACAAGAUGACCAUCAAGAUGAAUGAGUCUGACACUUGGUUUGAGGACAAAUUUCAGGAGGUGGAGAAUGAGGAGCAGCAGUUAAGGAAGCUCCAUGCUGUGGUGGAUUCUCUGGUCAAUCACAGGAAGGAGCUAUGCGGAAACACAGCAGUAUUUGCCAAAAGUAUGGCUAUGCUGGGGAACUCUGAGGACAACACGGCACUGUCCCGGGCCCUGUCCCAGCUGGCAGAAGUGGAGGACAAGAUGGAGCAGCUGCAUCAGGAGCAGGCAUCCAGUGACUUCUUCAUCUUUGCAGAGAUGCUGGCUGACUACAUCCGUUUGCUGGGUGCUGUGCGGGGAUGUUUUGACCAGCGCAUGCGGGCGUGGCAGCGAUGGCAGGAGGCUCAGAGCACACUUCAGAAGAAGAGGGAAGUUGAGGCCAAAUUGCUGUGGGCCAACAAGCCAGACAAACUGCAGCAGGCCAAGGAAGAGAUCAGUGAGUGGGAGGCCAAAGUUACACAGUAUGAGAGAGACUUUGACAGGAUUGGCAUGACCGUACGCAAGGAAGUCCUCAGGUUUGAAAAAGCAAAAGCCAAGGACUUAAAGAGUCAAAUCAUCAAAUAUUUGGAGUCAAUGCUUCAGUCUCAGCAAAGGCUUAUCAAGUUUUGGGAAGCUUUCCUUCCUGAAGCCAAGGCAAUAGCUUAAUGAGGAGGGACACUUUUUAAAGCCCAUCUGCCUUUUCUGAACACUAUACCUCGACCAGGAACUGAGAGAGAACAAUUUUGAAACACAAGAGACUUCCAUCAGUUUGCUCUUGUCUUCUGAUUCUUAGUAUAUUCCAUAAUUCUGUACGGUUAUUUGAUAUCGGUGCUCUGUAUAACCACUUGUUUAUAAUGAUAAAUGAGAUUCAGCAGAGAUGAACCAUGCUGUAGGUAUCGCAUUUGUAAAAAGAAAAAAAAAACAGUCUUUCUGGACAGAGGGAGGCAUAAACCAUGUAUUUUUGUUACUUGUUGAAACCAUAUAUGAGUUUACACUGCGGUACCGCCCUAGAGUAACACUGCUCAUAGUUUACAUAAAAGUUCAGAUGUGUGACGGACAUUCCAUUUUGGUCGUGGAUGCAUGUCCGAUUAUGUUUUGAUGCACUUAAACGAACGGGUGGAGGUCUAACUGGGAGGCUUAGCACAUUGUUACUGUGGAUUAGAAAAUUUUUAAGUUUUAUUGACAGCGGCAAAGUUGUCAGAGUAGUUCCAAACUUACAAAGAAUGAGGAGGUUACAAGUGGAAAUAGCCAGUACUUUUGGUAAUGUGUAUGAUGAUGACCUUGUAGUCAUAUUAAUUAUCGCUUUCUCAUGUCUGUGUCAGCGAUGCAAGUCCUGUGGAGCUGCUGCUGAGGUUACAAAAACAUUUGCAGUCUAUAAAGUGACUCAUCCAGGCAGAGUGGAUUGAUUGGAAACCCUACUUUGGUCUACCACCGUAUAAAGACAGAUUAAAGGUUAUCUACAAUUCAUUUCUUCUUCAACCUUUGUGAGCUCAGUUCUGUCAUAUUUCCAUGGAAAUGUGCUUUAUUUUUGUAACCACCUCACAUUAGCACACACAAUUUCUUGUAAAUGCUAUACAGGUGGAUGGAAAAAAUAAAUAUGAUUUGGUUA